CUUCAUUCCAAUUUCCCAAAGGGCAAAGGAGUGAAAUUUGAUGUACAUACGUACGUGAUUACAUGAAUUGUCAACAUCACAUAUCUUCACGAACGGCGUAUACAUAUAUUUAAUAUACGCAUACGAAAAGCUGUGAUGUUGAGCUAUACAUAGGUCCUCUGUCUGUACUCUGCAGUGUAAAAUUACAGAGGGGAGAGAAGAAAUUGCGGAGAUGGCCGUGGAAGGGGUAGAGAAAGAGUUGAGCGAGCUGAGAGGGACGUUCCAGAGCGGAAAAACGAGAGGGAUUGCGUGGAGGAAAGCGCAGCUUCAAGCCAUACUCAAACUUAUUUCUGAGAAUGAGGAUUCGAUCUUCGAAGCUCUGAAACAAGAUCUCGGGAAGCACCGAGUUGAAGCUUAUCGCGAUGAAGUUGGUGUUCUAACGAAAUCUGCAACGCACGCUUUGCACAAUCUCGAGAAAUGGAUAGCCCCCAAAAAGGGGAAACUACCACUGCUUUACUUCCCCGCAAAAGCAGAAGUUAUGCCCGAGCCACUUGGUGUAGUGCUCAUAUUUUCGUCUUGGAACUUCCCCAUCUCAUUAGCUUUAGAUCCAUUGAUUGGAGCAAUAUCAGCUGGAAACACGGCAGUCAUAAAACCUUCUGAACUGUCACCAAAAUGCUCCUCUCUUCUAGCUGAUAUGGUCCCUCGUUACUUGGAUUCCAAAGCAAUUAAAGUCAUUGAAGGUGGAAGAGAUAUAGCCGGGCAACUACUGCAGCAGAAUUGGGACAAAAUCUUUUUUACGGGUAGCCAACAAGUAGGAAAAAUUGUCAUGUCUGCUGCUGCAAAGCACUUAACUCCGGUAACUCUAGAGCUGGGCGGGAAGUCCCCUGCCAUUGUUGACCGUAUACAUGCAGCUGACCUAAAGGUUGCAGUCAAGAGAAUAGCCAGUGCAAAGUGGGGGGCAUGUAAUGGCCAAGCGUGUAUAGGAGUUGAUUACGUGCUUGUAGAGAAGGAAUACGCUUCUGUUCUGGUUGAAUCAUUGAAGAAGUGUAUCCAUCAAUUUUAUGGUGACAACAUUAAAAACUUAGAUAACAUUGCAGCGAUUGUGAACAAGCACCACUUUGAUAGAGUGCGAAAUCUUCUGAAAGACCCCCGGGUUACAGCUUCCAUUAUUUAUGGUGGUUCGAUAGACGAAGAAAAUCUGAUAAUAGAACCAACAAUACUGCUGAAUCCUCCACUCGAUUCUGAUAUCAUGACUGAAGAAAUAUUCGGCCCAUUACUCCCUAUAAUUACUGUAAAUAAAGUCGAAGAAAGCAUCGAGUUCAUAAGAGCGAGGCCAAAACCCCUUGCACUCUAUGCAUUUACGAAAAAUGAAGCAUUAAAGAAACGUAUUUCGCUGGAAACGUCAUCUGGAAGCUUGGUUUUCAACGACACCAUGGUCCAGUUUGUAUGUGAUGCAUUACCAUUUGGAGGCGUUGGACCGAGUGGUCUUGGGCGUUACCAUGGGAAGUACUCGUUUGACGCAUUUAGCCACGAGAAAGCUGUGUUGCACAGGACUUUCCGCCUCGAGCUGGAGCCCAGGCACCCUCCCUGGAACGAUUUUAAGCUGGAUUUUGUGAGACUGGCCUACAGGUUUGAUUAUUUUGGACUAAUAUUGCUCUUGACUGGGUUGAGAAGAUUAUUCAGAUCAUGUAACUGAUGAACCUUCAAACUGUUGCUGCUCUGAGAAUAUGAAUAUCCUCUGUAGAAUCUGACAUUAUUAUAUGAAUAUACUCUGUAAAAUCCGACAAUAUAUUUUCAAUGUCUGUAAAAACAGCUGAUGAUCAAGCUCAACAUAUAUGCCAAUUAUAUCCCAUAUCACCAUGUGCUAUUUAUAAUUGUGA